AUGGCGACGGCCAACCCCCCGCCGUACUCCAUCACUGCAGAUGAUAAACGAGGGCUUCUUGUCGUGACGGGUGCAGUGGUACUCGCAUAUGUCUGGACAUGCUUUCUCAUUCGGCUAUGGCUACGACAACAAACGAGAGAAUGGCGAGCGGACGACUGGGCACUUGCAAUCGCCACGUGCCUCGAUACGGCCCAGUCUGCUGUCAUAUUCCACCUCGUUAAUCUUGGAUUGGGGGUCUCACUACAAGACUUGCCACAAUCACAACUGGAUCAGGUUGGAAAGGAAGGUUUUGUGUCACAACUACUGUACAUCUACGUUCUUUACGUAUCAAAACUCUCCGUGUUGCUUCUAUAUCUGCGUCUCUCGCCUGGAGGUGCAAAUCGCAUCGCAUCAUGGAGUCUAAUUGUAGCCUCGAGUACAUGGGCAUUGCUAUCCACAAUUCUCAUUGCAACACCAUGCAACCCUUUACAGGCUUUUCAACAAGACACAAUAUGUACAAAUAGGUGGCCCAAAUGGCAAGCCAUCGGCGCCCUCGACAUUGUCACUGAAAUCUUCAUCUUCGCAAUUGCCUUCCAACUAGUCUGGAGUCUCCAAAUGCGCACGAAAGCCAAACUUCUCGUCAUCUUCGCCUUUUCCGCUCGACUCCCCGUCAUAGGCAUCGCAGCUACACGGCUCUACUACCUCUGGCAACGACUCACAGGCCCCAGUUAUACCUUUGAAUAUGUAGUCGCCACGCAGUGGCAAAUGGGCUAUGCAAUCAUGUCCUCGACCAUCACCGGUAUAGGACCCUUUCUUCGCCCUUUCAAUAAGGAAUACACGACCAGUGACUACAAGCAUUCCGCCUACGGCCACAACUCUCAGCGCUCCACUCAACCCGCCAUUUCGACCAAAGAGGAUUCUACCGCCCUUCGCCCCCGCGCUUCAUGGCGCUCGCAAAGCUAUCUAAUGGACAAUCUGCCUUCACGAAACGGGAAUAAAACUCCAGAAUACUCCCCAGAAUCACUCGGUCCCACUGUGCGUCCAACCGAUUCCUCCUCCCACGCCUCCGACGAUUCAAGAUCUACAAUCUCCGAACCAGCGCAGGCUUCGCCAACUUCUCAAGUGCCCAUUAUGCUCACCGCAGACGAGGAGUUUCGUCCUGCAGACCACUUUCGCCGACACGAGGCAGAGGUCUGGGUCGGGAAUCGGAGUCUGAGCUUUGGCCCUGGGCAUGAUCUGCAGCGCAGUAGGUCGGAGAGAAUGGUGGUCAAUAAGCGGACGGAGUUCAAGGUUGAGGUUGAUCAGGCGAGUCGGGUCUCGUAG